AGCCCUGUGACCUUUUCACCUAUUGACCUUUGACCCCUGCAACCUAUUGCCAUUUCCCAGAGUCAGUCUGCAUUAUGGCAUCAUGUGCCUGAAGCGUUUGAACUACGACCGCAAAGAGCUGGAGAGGAGAAGAGAGGACAGCCAGAACCAUAACAAAGAUGUGAUGGUGUGGUCUAACGAGCGCGUGAUGUGCUGGAUCCAGACCAUGGGGCUGAAGGAGUACUCUGACAGCCUGCUGGAGAGUGGAGUCAACGGGGCCCUCUUGGCCCUGGACGACACCUUCGACUACACCGACCUGGCUCUGCUGCUGCAGAUACCCAAUCAGAACACACAGGCCAGGCAGCUCCUAGAGCAGGAGUACAACUCUCUCAUCUCCCUGGGGACGGAGAGAAGACCAGACGAGGACGGCACCAGGACGUUCUCCCGCUCCCCCUCCUGGAGGAAGAUGUUCAGGGAGAAGGACCUCAGGGGCGUGACCUCCGACUCCUCGGAGACCCUGCCCGCUAACUUCCGUGCCUCGCCCAUCGCCACCCCCUCCGUGACCCUCAGGAAGGUCCAGAGCGAUGCUAACUCAGGGGCCAGGGGGGAGGCAGCAUCAGUGAGGACCUACUCCUGCUGAGAGUCCCAGGUGAGCCUCUCUAUCUGCCCGGCCAACACUACAGGAACCAGGACCACAGUUCUCUGUCCUUAAACAGUCUGAACACCAACUCUACAGCAGUUCUCUCUCCUAAAACGCUCCCAUCACCAACCGCCCGAGGCGCACUCAUGUGCUGGGUACAUUUAAGUAGAAAAACGUGUUUGAAUGCCAUAGUUCCUCUGUGGAUGGUUUUAUUAUGUUGUCAGUCAGGUCGGCUGUGCCGUGGUGCUAAGAGGGCAGCUGGUGUCGGGUGUCGGCCAUUGUGGCUCUGUCGCUGGCUUCUAUGGUGGCGUCAAGGGUGUUUCUAAGUGUCCCCAAUUCAUCCACACGGUGUAGUGAAGUCUGUCCCCAUUCAGGGCACCGUACAGGGCUGCGGCCACACGAAAGAGAGAGCCCCGGUUGUGGCCGGGGUCGUCUGUUGAGCCGUCUGAAAGCUGAGAGCCUUCAGGCUGAGUAAGCUGCUAUUGAAGGGAGGCCAUUGUGGGGAUGAAAGGCAGAGCCGCGGCAGAGGAGAGAUGAGGGGCCACACAGAGGCAUUGUGUCCAACGCCUGUGAUGUCUUUUCGUAGUUAGUAGGAAUCCAUAAAGUCAUUUGAAGUCUGCGGGGAGGCAGGGAGGGGCAAGGCUACGUCCGGCAGGCCCAACCCCUGCCCCCUCACCUCCCCCCUGCCCCCUCCCUGCCUCCCUCUCCUCCCUCCCUCCAAGGUUAGAACCAUAACCACCAGCUCAGGUUCUUGGGGUUCCUCUGGAGAGCUCAAACAGACAGUCGACCAGCGGGGGGGAGGAACAAGUCAUCAACUGCUCACAAGCCAUAACAGAAACCAACCGCUGCAGCUGAGGGGACGAGCGCAGGAAGGAGGGCAGGACCCAGGAAGUCAAAGACACGUGUAGUCUCUGUGUGUUUACGAUGCAUGUCCAACAACCAAGACAACAACAAACUCAACUUUUUGGGGGUUAAAAGGUGAUAGAAACUAGAAAAAUUAAUAUCUGUAUCAUAAACCUUGGGAUCAAUUUGUAAAAUGUGUGUAUUUUCAGUUGUAUUUUUAAUUUUUUAUGAUAACUAUAUUUAUUUUCUUUAUGUAUGCAUUGAAUAACUGUAAAUGUACAUGUUGAUUUAACUUCUUAAUUAUGACUGACUUGAUUUGAUUGUUUUAAAAGUCGAUACGAAAAUGGUGAUUCAAAUAUGCUAAUGUCAGUGUACAUUUUGAAAACAUUGUGCUAUGAUUUUAACAACAAAAAAAAUAUCCACGAUUAUAGUACUACCAAUUUAAAAUAACAUCGGCAAAACAAUUAAUGAUGAUGAAAAAAAUAAAAAAUAAAGUCGUCCCCAAUCUGGA